CCGGCAACAACAACACGAAACAAACACAUUUUACGCAGACAAAACGUAAACAUCAGUGAAACGACAUUUAGAAUUGGAAAUGGCGCAAACGCAACCAGCAGCCAAGCGGGUGAAGCUGGAGACGAAACACAAACCUCUUUUGGAAGACGAUGAGACACCAUCGGUCUUUAAUCCCAAAUAUCGGGUGUGUCCCUAUCUGGACACAAUCAAUCGCAAUCUGUUGGAUUUUGACUUUGAGAAACUGUGCUCCAUUUCGCUGACGCGGAUAAACGUUUACGCCUGUCUGGUGUGUGGCAAGUAUUUCCAGGGGCGUGGCACGAACACGCACGCCUACACACACUCGGUGGGCGAGGCACACCAUGUGUUCCUCAAUUUGCACACACUGCGUUUUUACUGCCUGCCGGACAACUAUGAGAUCAUUGACUCCUCGCUGGACGACAUCAAAUACGUGCUGAAUCCGACAUUUCUGCGCAACGAAAUCAGCAAAUUGGAUCAACUGCAGCCUAAGCAUUCCCGUACAGUGGAUGGCGUACUCUAUUUGCCCGGCGUCGUGGGUCUGAACAACAUUAAAGCCAACGACUAUUGCAAUGUGGUACUGCAUGCGUUGUCGCAUGUAAGUCCACUGCGGGACUAUUUUCUACGGGAGCAGAGCUAUGCGGGUAUCAAGCGACCGCCCGGUGAUUCCAUGUUCACGCUCGUCCAGCGUUUUGGCGAGCUAAUGCGUAAAAUGUGGAAUCCGCGCAACUUUAAGGCGCACGUGUCGCCACACGAAAUGUUACAGGCGGUGGUGCUGUGGUCAAGCAAACGUUUCCAAAUCACAGAACAAGGAGAUCCCAUUGAUUUUCUAUCAUGGUUCCUUAACACACUGCAUCGCGCCCUCAAGGGUAACAAGCAGCCCAAUUCGUCCAUAUUGUACAAGAUCUUUCUGGGUGAAAUGAAGAUCUACACACGCAAAAUUCCGCCCGUUGAACUGGACGAUGCGGCCAAACAGCAACUGUUGGCCACGGAGGAGUACAAGCAUCAGGUGGAGCAUACGAACUUCAUCUAUUUGACCUGUGAUCUGCCGCCGCCGCCGUUGUUUACGGAUGAGUUUCGUGAAAAUAUCAUACCGCAGGUGAAUCUUUACCAGCUGCUGGGCAAAUUCAAUGGCAGCUCCGAGAAGGAGUACAAAACAUACAAGGAUAACUUCAUGAAGCGCUUUGAGAUUACAAAACUGCCACAGUUUAUAAUCCUGUACAUUAAGCGCUUCACUAAAAAUACAUUCUUCCUUGAGAAGAAUCCCACUAUUGUGAACUUUCCCAUCAAGAAUGUGGACUUUGGUGAUAUUCUGGGCAUGAAGCAGCGGGACAAGUCAUUGAAGGAUACCAAAUAUAAUCUGGUUGCGAAUAUUGUGCACGAUGGAGAUCCCAAGAAGGGCACGUAUCGUGUCCACAUACUCCACAAGGCCAAUGGACAGUGGUAUGAGAUGCAGGAUUUACAUGUCACGGAAAUUCUGCCACAAAUGAUCACGCUAACCGAGUCCUAUAUACAGAUCUAUGAGCGUAGCGCCGAACCCUAACUUUAAUUGCAUUAUGUAUAUAAAGCUUAUAUACAGAUUUAAAGAUUAAAGCCAAUUUUUUAGUCA